GUAGAUCGUGUGCGAGGCCCGGACUCGGAGCACGGAGACCAGGUUUGAGUAGCGGCGUGCGGAGAAGGGCGCAGCAUCCUCGUUUCCGGGACGCGCGGACCCAAAGGAGGCGAAGGGGUGUCUGGUCCUGGUCGCUGCUGGAGCUCCAAGGUGACCAAGGAUGGCAGAGAGGAUGUGACCGCCAUCUACCUUUGUCCGCCCUCCUAGUGGCGCCACCAUGCAGAAGCCCAGUGGCCUGAAGCCCCCUGGCCGAGGGGGCAAGCACUCCAGUCCUGUGGGCAGGCCGUCCAUCGGAUCAGCUUCGUCCUCUGCGGUGGCAUCAGCCAGUGGCUCCAAGGAAGGGUCUCCCCUGCACAAGCAGGCAUCGGGUCCCUCCUCGGCUGGAGCCACCAACGCCGUCUCUGAGAAGCCAGGUCCAAAGGCGGCUGAAGUGGGUGAUGACUUCCUGGGGGACUUUGUGGUGGGCGAAAGGGUGUGGGUGAAUGGUGUGAAGCCAGGCGUGGUGCAGUACCUGGGCGAAACACAGUUUGCACCAGGCCAGUGGGCCGGCGUGGUCUUGGACGACCCUGUAGGCAAGAAUGAUGGCGCUGUGGGUGGUGUCCGCUACUUUGAGUGCCCGGCUCUACAGGGCAUCUUCACACGGCCCUCCAAGCUGACCCGCCAGCCCACAGCUGAGGGCUCAGGCAGUGAUGCCCACUCGGUGGAAUCUCUCACUGCCCAGAACUUGUCCUUACAUUCUGGUACCGCCACGCCCCCGCUCACCAGCCGAGUCAUCCCCCUGCGGGAGAGUGUUCUUAACAGCUCCGUGAAGACGGGCAAUGAGUCUGGUUCCAACCUCUCCGACAGUGGUUCUGUGAAGCGUGGUGACAAGGACCUCCACCUGGGAGACCGUGUGCUGGUUGGUGGGACGAAGACCGGCGUGGUACGGUAUGUUGGGGAGACGGACUUUGCCAAAGGCGAGUGGUGUGGCGUGGAGCUGGAUGAGCCCCUUGGGAAGAACGAUGGGGCCGUGGCAGGCACCAGGUACUUCCAGUGCCCACCCAAGUUCGGUCUCUUUGCGCCCAUCCACAAGGUCAUUCGAAUUGGCUUCCCGUCUACCAGUCCAGCCAAGGCCAAGAAGACCAAACGUAUGGCUAUGGGUGUCUCAGCCUUGACCCAUAGCCCCAGCAGUUCUUCUAUCAGCUCUGUCAGCUCUGUGGCCUCUUCUGUUGGUGGCCGGCCCAGCCGUAGUGGCCUGCUCACAGAGACCUCUUCACGUUACGCCCGGAAGAUCUCGGGCACGACAGCUCUGCAGGAGGCGUUGAAAGAGAAACAGCAGCAUAUUGAGCAGCUGCUGGCUGAGCGUGACUUGGAGAGGGCAGAAGUAGCUAAGGCCACCAGCCAUAUCUGUGAGGUGGAGAAGGAGAUCGCCCUGCUGAAGGCACAGCAUGAACAGUAUGUUGCAGAAGCUGAGGAGAAGCUGCAGCGGGCACGGUUGCUGGUGGAGAACGUGAGGAAAGAGAAAGUGGACCUGUCCAAUCAGCUGGAGGAGGAGAGGAGGAAGGUGGAGGACCUGCAGUUCCGAGUGGAAGAAGAAUCCAUCACCAAAGGAGACUUGGAGACCCAGACCCAGCUGGAGCACGCGCGCAUUGGGGAGUUGGAGCAGAGCCUGCUAUUGGAGAAGGCGCAGGCCGAGCGGCUGCUUAGAGAAUUAGCGGAUAACAGGCUGACCUCUGUGGCCGAGAAGUCCCGGGUGCUGCAGCUAGAAGAGGAGUUGAGCCUGCGGCGAGGUGAGAUCGAAGAGCUGCAGCAGUGUCUCCUCCAGUCAGGCCCACCACCCCAGGACCACCCGGAGGCCGCUGAGACCCUGCGGCUUCGAGAGCGGCUGCUGUCGGCUAGCAAGGAGCAUCAGCGGGGCAGCACCCUGCUCCAGGACAAGUACGAGAAGAUGCUGAAGACCUACCAGGCCGAGGUGGAAAAGCUCCGGGCGGCCAAUGAGAAGUACGCGCAGGAGGUGGCAGACCUCAAGGCCAAGGUUCAGCAGGCCACUAGCGAGAACAUGGGACUCAUGGACAACUGGAAAUCCAAGCUGGACUCGCUGGCCUCUGACCACCAGAAGUCCCUGGAGGACCUGAAAGCCACGCUGAACUCUGGCCCAGGCGCUCAGCAGAAGGAGAUCGGAGAGCUGAAGGCACUGGUGGAGGGUAUCAAGAUGGAGCACCAGCUGGAGUUAGGCAACCUGCAGGCCAAGCACGACUUGGAGACGGCCAUGCACGGGAAGGAGAAGGAGGGCCUGCGGCAGAAGCUGCAAGAGGCCCAGGAGGAGUUGGCGGGGCUGCAGCAGCAGUGGAGGGCACAGCUGGAGGAGCAGGCCAGCCAGCACCGGCUGCAGCUCCAAGAAGCACAGGACCAGUGUCGGGACGCCCAGCUGCGUGUGCAGGAGCUGGAGGGACUGGAUGUGGAGUACCGUGGCCAGGCUCAGGCCAUAGAAUUCCUCAAAGAGCAGAUCUCGCUAGCCGAAAAGAAGAUGUUGGAUUAUGAGAUGCUGCAGCGGGCUGAAGCCCAGAGCAGGCAGGAGGCAGAGCGGCUGCGGGAAAAGCUUCUGGUGGCUGAGAAUAGACUCCAGGCCGUCGAGUCCCUGUGCUCAGCCCAGCACAGCCACGUGAUCGAGCCCAAUGACCUUUCUGAGGAGAAGAUCCGGAUGAAGGAGACUGUGGAGGGCCUGCAGGAAAAACUGAACAAGAGGGACAAAGAGGUGACAGCCUUGACAUCCCAGAUGGACAUGCUCAGGGCCCAAGUAAGUGCCCUGGAGAACAAGUGCAAAUCGGGAGAGAAGAAGAUGGACUCAAUCCUGAAGGAAAAGAGGCGUCUAGAGGCAGAGCUAGAGGCUGUGUCUCGGAAGACCCAUGAUGCCUCGGGCCAGCUGGUACACAUUAGCCAAGAGUUGCUACAGAAGGAGCGGAGUCUGAAUGAGCUGCGGGUGUUGCUGUUAGAAGCCAAUCGCCACUCCCCAGGGCCUGAGAGAGACCUGAGCCGUGAGGUGCACAAGGCAGAAUGGAGGAUAAAGGAACAAAAACUGAAGGAUGACAUCCGGGGCCUGCGCGAAAAGCUGACGGGGCUGGACAAGGAGAAGUCGCUGUCGGAGCAGAGACGCUACUCCCUCAUUGACCCAUCUUCAGCGCCCGAGCUGCUAAGACUACAGCACCAGUUGGUGAGCACGGAGGAUGCCCUGCGGGACGCGCUGGACCAAGCCCAGCAGGUGGAGAGGCUGGUAGAGGCUCUUAGGGGCUGCUCAGACAGGACUCCGACCAUCAACAAUUCUGGUUCUGCCAAUGGUAUCCACCAGCCAGACAAGGCCCACAAACAGGAGGACAAACACUGACCCCAAGGAACGCCAUGGACCGGCCCCAUUCACACCAGAGCCCUGCCAGGCUUCCUAGCGGCUUCGCCUCCAGGCAGGAGCCAGAACUGUCCCUUUGGAGAUGAGACUGUUUGUAUUGUCUGCACAGCUGUGGACAAUUCCCACCUGAACCCCCUGCCGGACCAGGAGGCUCCCACAGAGUGCGGUACAGCUGGGACUGGCCCCGGAGAACCUCUCUUGUCCCAAGGCGCUUCUGGAAUGUGCAGAGGCUGAAGUGAUCCAGCCAGGCCUCCCUUGGCUAUAGCAGGCUGUUCGGAGCUUGUCUGGGCACCCGGGUACUUGCCUGCCUCCCUUUCCUGCUGGUGUCCCCAGGCCCCUUGCAGGCCUCUAAGGGGUGGAGCAGGGUCCUGCUUGGACACACACACACACACAGACACACAUACACACACACACACACACACACACACACUGAGAAGGGCUUCAGUCUUCAGAAACUAGGGAGGGUAUUCUUGACCCCACUCGAGAGCCUCUUAUACAUUGGUACACGGUCUCUCGGGCCUCUUAGCCAGGGAAGGUUUGGAGGUGACAGACCCCUUCCUCAACAACAAGCUAGUGUGCAUACUCACCUCCCACCUGCUGCCUGGAAAGAAUCGUACAGACAGCUACAGUAUUAGGUGAGCACGCAAACCCAUUCUUCCUCCCAUCUUGACCUUGAGCCAGGCCUGGCUUAGGGCGUGGAGCUGGGCAAGAACAGGUACAAAACUCUCUAAACAAAGCGUUCCUAUGGUGUUUUGCUGGGGGAGAGAAAUUGAACUGGUUCUCUUUAUUUCUGGGAACCCCCUGACAUGUUACCGCAAAGACCCCAGCAGCCCACGGAGGCCCCUGCUCCUAUCUUCCCAGGACGGGACCAUAGUGGGUGACAGGUAUGGUUAAGUCAUAAGGAUGGCCUAGGUGGCCUCUUGGAGCACCACCCAUCACCGGCAGGUGGCGCUCACGCUCUCGCCCUUAGGAGUUGAAUUAACCUCUCUACCCUCCUUUCUGCUUCCUGUUGGCUUUUGGGUAGCACUCGCCUUUAACAACAGCAGCCUAGAGCCUAGAAUUGAUGUCAUAGUGGCCUAACUGCAGAGCCAAAUAUUGCUCUUUCCAGCACAAUCGGGCAGCUCACGGAUUAGGAACUAACAGCCAAAGGCUCCCACAGUAGGGACCAGAAGGGGCUGAGCCCCACCCUGGAUUGGGCUUGCACCUGGUAGGUGUGCAAGAAGCCAUUUCCCCACAAGCACUGGCCUUUGCAGGCCCCCUUAGCCUACCUGGUGUGGCCACCCAGCUGUGGCUCAGCCAUUAUCCCCCCCCCCCAGUGGAAUUGUGGAAGUGUGGCAAGUCCAUGUUCGGACAAUAAAGCUUGUGACUGAGGUACAGGA